GGCGGGGGUGGGCGCACGCAAAUCAGUUAACUGGUUCUUAUGCCACAACCAACUUAAUUUUUUUUAAAAAAAAAACGAUAAUUCCAUGUCCUGAGGUUACAAACCGGCUGCAACUGGUUUUUAUUUCCCCCCCUUCCCUUCCCUUCCCCUGCCCCCGCUAAGCAUCAUGGGUAAAAGUAAGCAUCCCCCCCCCUUUUCUUUUGUUUAAUAUAACGGCACCACAGAUGAUUGGCAGGGACGUGCCCGUUCCACAACUGGGCUCCGGCAGGUCCCUGGAGGGGAAUGGCACGCCGCGGCCGCCCAUGUUCCACCAAGGGGGCGUCUGGUGAGAAAGCACCCUGGCUGUCCCCCCUGCCCUCUUCGCGUGCUCGGGAGCUGUCUUCCCCUCCAUCUGCCUGUCGCUCCCCUCCUCUUGACAAGGCAAGGAGGGAGGGGGAGCACACUACCUGAUGGACCGCAUGACCGAGGAUGCCCUGCGCCUGAACCUCUUGAAGCGGAGCCUGGACCAAGCCGAUGAACGGGAUGACGUCCUGGCCAAGAGGCUGAAGAUGGAAGGGCAUGAGGCCAUGGAGCGCCUCAAGAUGCUGGCACUGCUCAAGAGGAAGGACCUGGCGGGCAUCGAGGUGCCCCACGAGCUGCCUGUCAAGCAGGACGGCCUGAAGGUCUACGAGGAGAAGCUGAACGGGAACCUGAGGCCCCACGGGGACAGCCGGUCCUCAGGGAGGCCAGGGAAAGAAAACAUUAAUGAUGAGCCGGUGGACAUGAGUGCAAAGAGAAGCAGCGACCAGGACAGGGGGCGUCUCACCCCCUCGCCAGAUAUCAUUGUCCUUUCCGAUAAUGAAGCCUCCAGCCCCCGCUCCAGUUCCCGCAUGGAAGAGAGGCUCAAGGCUGCCAAUCUGGAAAUGUUCAAGGGUAAAGGCAUCGAGGAGAGGCAGCAGCUCAUCAAGCAGCUCCGGGAUGAGCUGCGGCUAGAGGAGGCCCGGCUGGUGCUGCUGAAGAAGCUGCGGCAGAGCCAGUUGCAGAAAGAGAAUGUGGUACAAAAGACUCCCGUUGUCCAAAACGCAGCUUCUAUUGUCCAGCCAUCUCCUGCCCAUGUCGGACAGCAGGCUCUGUCCAAACUUCCCUCCCGGCCUGGAGCUCAAGGGGUUGAGCCCCAAAACCUCCGAACAUUACAGGGUCACAGCGUCAUCCGGUCAGCCACCAACACGACUCUCCCCCAUAUGCUUAUGUCGCAGCGCGUCAUUGCGCCAAACCCCGCCCAGCUCCAAGGGCAGCGCGUCCCCCCGAAACCGGGCCUCAUCCGCACCACCACUCCAAACAUGAGCCCCGCCAUCAGCUACCAACCACAGUCCAGCUCGGCCGUCCCCUGCCAGCGUACCACAUCCUCCGCCAUCUACAUGAACCUUGCCUCCCAUAUCCAGCCGGGCACGGUGAACCGGGUGUCGUCGCCGCUGCCUAGCCCCAGCACGCUCAACGAUGCCGCCAACUCCCAGGCGGCCGCCAAGCUCGCCUUGCGCAAGCAACUGGAAAAGACCCUCCUGGAGAUCCCGCCCCCCAAACCGCCCGCCCCUCUGCUCCACUUCCUGCCCAGCGCAGCCAACAGCGAGUUCAUCUACAUGGUGGGGCUGGAGGAGGUGGUGCAAAGCGUCAUUGACAGCCAAGGCAAAGGCUGUGCCUCCCUCUUACGAGUAGAGCCCUUCGUUUGCGCCCAGUGCCGCACAGACUUCACCCCGCACUGGAAGCAGGAGAAGAACGGCAAGAUCCUGUGCGAGCAGUGCAUGACCUCCAACCAGAAGAAAGCACUCAAGGCAGAGCACACCAACCGGCUGAAAAAUGCCUUUGUCAAAGCUCUGCAGCAAGAGCAGGAGAUUGAGCAGCGGCUGCAGCAGCAGGCGGCCUUGUCCCCCACUGCCGCUCCCACCAGCGUCUCCAGCGUUAGCAAACAGGAGAGCAUCAUGCGGCAUCACACACUCCGCCAGGCACCUCAACCCCAGAGCACCCUGCAGCGUGGCAUCCCCACCUCGGCCCGCUCCAUGCUGUCCAACUUUGCGCAGGCCCCGCAGCUCUCUGUCGCGGGCAGCCUCCUUGGCAUGCCAGGUGUCAACAUCGCCUACCUGAAUGCUGGGAUCGGGGGCCACAAAGCAUCAAGUCUGGCUGACCGGCAGCGGGAGUACCUUUUAGAUAUGAUCCCGCCGCGCUCCAUAUCGCAGUCCAUCAGCGGGCAGAAAUAACACCAGCUGCGUCCUUCCCCCCCCCCACCUCAGCUUCCUCCAUCCCCGUCACCCGGUUACCCGCCCUGGCCUUCUGUCCCUCAUCCGUCGCAUGCAGUGCCUGUGCUGGUGCCUACCAUAUGUGGAGGAAAAGACAAAAAAAACAAGACAAAAAAAAGACAAAAAGAUUACAAAAAAAAGAGAAAAAAACAAGAACAUUUUACAACUUCAGUGACCUGCCCUCUUCCGAAACUGUCCCUCCCUCCCCUCCCUCUCUCCCCCCCAACUUCUCAUCUCCGGGUUUCGUUAGCAGCGAGAGGCCACGCUUCCCGCCUCCCUGCUCCUUUCCCGAGGUCAGAACGUGUCUGCUUGGAUCCUGCACUAUACACAUGUUUAAUGCUUGUUUUACGCUCCCCUUUUAUUUUUAUUUUUUAAUUUGUAAUGAUAACACAUAGAAUUUUUAA